UUUGACAGUACGAUGAGCUUCCCCAUUACGGCGGGAUGGACGGAGUAGGGGUGCCGGCUUCCAUGUACGGAGACCCUCACGCUCCACGGCCGAUUCCCCCGGUUCACCACCUGAACCACGGGCCGCCGCUCCACGCCACUCAGCACUACGGAGCCCACGCCCCGCACCCCAAUGUCAUGCCCGCCAGCAUGGGAUCUGCUGUCAAUGAUGCCCUGAAACGGGACAAGGACGCAAUCUAUGGGCACCCGUUGUUUCCUCUGUUAGCUCUGGUCUUUGAGAAGUGCGAGCUGGCGACCUGUACUCCCCGGGAACCCGGAGUGGCCGGCGGAGACGUCUGCUCCUCCGACUCUUUCAACGAGGACAUCGCAGUCUUCGCAAAACAGGUUCGCGCUGAAAAACCACUUUUUUCCUCAAAUCCAGAGUUGGACAAUUUGAUGAUACAAGCAAUUCAAGUACUGAGGUUUCAUCUUCUGGAGUUAGAAAAGGUCCACGAGCUGUGCGAUAACUUUUGCCACCGGUACAUUAGCUGUUUGAAAGGGAAAAUGCCCAUUGACUUAGUUAUUGAUGAGAGGGAUGGCAGCUCCAAAUCUGACCACGAAGAGCUCUCAGGAUCUUCCACAAAUCUAGCUGACCAUGUAAGUCUUGUUGAACUCUGA